AUGCCUGCUCGGGCAGUGCUGGGCGCUUGUUUUCGCUCUGGGCCCGCCUUGUUUCAGGUGCAGAUUCUCGUGCAGGGCCCGAUCUUGGCGUCGCGGCUGCGGACGGGCAGCACGGCGGCGCAACACACCCGGAGCCUCCAGGAGGCGCAGUUGCACGGGGACACGGUGCACCAGCCGCCCAAGUUCAUCAUUCCCACCAACGAUGGUGAAGAUGGCGUGGAGGUGAAGGCAAAGCCGUGGCACGAGGUCCAGGUGCAAUACGCGCUGACCGACCUCGGGCGCCCUGACGGCAGCACUGGGGGCUUCUACGGCCUCAUGCGCCGCACUCGCUUCAUCAAGCUGGAGGUGCUGCGGCGCCUUUUCGCUGAGGAUGGGGAUGCCUACCGGCCUGGGGUAGAAGGCGACUUCAGGGACGAGACCCUGUCGCAGCCUUUGACCAACGCCCUGGCGCAGCUCGUCUGCAACAUCUUCGGGGCUCGCUUGUGGGAACUGUGGCUUUUUGGCAUGCUGGACUGA